AUGUCGUUAACUAAAAUCCAGGUUGUAGGACAGCCACUUCCUAGGGUAUCAGCAAGAAACCACCGUAUGAGAAACUCGGUUGUGUGCGGAGUUUCCAUAAAACGUCACCACAGUGGCCCAUCGUUAGGUUCUGUCACAAAAGGUUCCGACGAGAGCCCGUUUCUUCAUAACGGUACAUUUGGGAGGUUCGGUGGGAAGUUUGUGCCGGAGACAUUAAUCUCUCACUUGGGAGAUCUUGAAGACGAAUUUAAUUUUGUUUUGAACGAUCAUGAAUUUCAGGUUGGCCGAAAACCCAAGGGUUCCUCCGCAAGGUUCGUCCACUUAUCGAUUAAACUUAUACUCACAUUGAUUAAACUUAUCGAUCGCCACUCGCCAGCCAAAUAUGAGGAGCUUACCACAGCGUUAAAAGACUACGUAGGAAGAGAAACGCCUCUCUACUUUGCCGGACUUUUAACCGAACACUACAAGAACCUAGCUCGAACCACCGAAGGAGGAGGUGGACGAAACGGUGGGCCCGAGAUCUUUCUAAAAAGGGAAGAUCUUAGCCACUGUGGGUCCCACAAAAUAAACAACGCUCUCGCUCAGGCAAUGAUCGCCCGGCGGCUUGGUUGCAGCCAUGUGGUGGCCGCCACAGGAGCCGGCCAACAUGGGGUCGCCACGGCGGCUGCAUGUGCGAAGCUGUCCUUGCAGUGUAUUGUUUUCAUGGGAACCACUGAUAUGAAGAAACAAUGUUCUAAUGUACACUCCAUGAAAUUGCUUGGUGUUCAGGUGAAAUCAGUGGAAGGAACAUUCAAAGAUGCGAGUUCAGAGGCGAUUCGAAAUUGGGUCGAAAAUAUAGAUGUCGCAUACUACUUAUCGGGCACGGUCGUAGGACCGCACCCGUGUCCGGUAAUGGUAUGCGAGUUUCAAUCCGUGAUUGGGAAAGAGACAAGAAGGCAAGCGAAACAACUAUGGGGUGGUAAGCCCGAUGUGUUGGUGGCUUGUGUGGGGAGUGGCUCAAACGCAUUGGGAUUGUUCCAUGAGUUUGUUGGAGAUGAGGAUGUGCGGCUAGUUGGAGUCGAGGGGUCAGGGCUCGGUUUAGAUUCAGGGAAACAUUCAGCUACUUUGGCCGUUGGGGAUAUUGGUGUAUACCAUGGUACGAUGAGCUAUUUAUUGCAAGAUGAUCAAGGGCAGAUACUUAGACCACACUCCAUAGGAGUAGGGUUAGAGUAUCCCGGAGUUGGACCAGAGAUUAGCUUCCUGAAAGAAACUGGAAGAGCCGAAUUCUACACGGCAACAGACCAAGAAGCCAUUCAAGCGUGUAUGCUAUUGAGCAGAUUGGAGGGAAUAAUUCCAGCAUUGGAGGCGUCCCAUGCGUUUGCUUUCCUCGACAAACUCGUUCCUACUCUGGCUGAUGGUGCCAAAGUGGUCGUGAAUUGCAGUGGCCGUGGCGACAAAGAUCUGGACACUCUCAUCCAACGAGGCAUGGUCUCUUCUCUGUGUUGA